GGCUGUCCUUUCUCCAAUGAGUAUUUUUGGCAUCUUUAUCAAAUAUCAGAUCAGUGAUGAUGAACCUGGCUAUGACCUAGAUUUAUUUUGUAUACCUAAUCAUUACGCUGAGGACUUGGAAAAGGUGUUUAUUCCUCAUGGACUAAUUAUGGACAGGACUGAGAGGCUUGCACGAGAUGUGAUGAAGGAGAUGGGAGGCCAUCACAUUGUAGCCCUCUGUGUGCUGAAGGGGGGCUAUAAGUUCUUUGCUGACCUGCUGGAUUACAUUAAAUCACUGAACAGAAAUAGUGAUAGAUCCAUUCCUAUGACUGUAGAUUUUAUCAGACUGAAGAGCUACUGUAAUGACCAGUCCACAGGGGACAUAAAAGUAAUUGGUGGAGAUGAUCUCUCAACUUUAACGGGAAAGAAUGUCUUGAUUGUUGAAUCUCCCUUUGGGCAUGGUAAAACUGACCACGAUAUAGUAAAUGCAGAUAAACACUAUGUAAACACAUUAAUGUUCUCUUUUGUAAUGCCCUCUUGUCUUUCCAUAUGUCACACAUCAUAUUUUGUAAUUAACAGCUUGCUGGUGAAAAGGACCCCUCGAAGUGUUGGAUAUAGGCCAGACUUUGUUGGAUUUGAAAUUCCAGACAAGUUUGUUGUUGGAUAUGCCCUUGACUAUAAUGAGUACUUCAGGGAUUUGAAUCAUGUUUGUGUCAUUAGUGAGACUGGAAAAGCCAAAUACAAAGCGUAAGAUGAGAGUUCAAGGUGAAUUUGCAAACACGAGGAGUCCCAAUGAUGUUGCCAGUAAAAUUCUCAAGCGUUCUAGUUCUGUGGCCAUCUGCAUAGUAAAGCUUUUUGCAUGAACCUUCUAAAAAUUUUAUCUGUUUUGUAUUUUAGAAAUGUCAGUUGCUGAGUUCUGGAACUUUUUAUUUGCACUAUGAGUCUAUAGGCAGACUAUCAGUUUUCUUUAAGUAGAUUGAUGUUUAACUUGUGAAUGGAAAAAAAAUCUCUUAAAUGACACCACUGUUAAUAAUAUUGAAAUUGUAUCUGUAAGAAGGAUUUAAAGAGAAGAUAUAUUAGUUUUUUAAUUGGUAUUUUAAUUUUUAUAUAUGCAGGAAAGAACAGAUAGGUGACUGAAUAUUGUUAAUUAUAACACCAUGCAUUUAAGUCUGAAGCAGUCAGUCUGUACACCAGUAACAACAUCUAAGAGGUUUUGUUCAGCAGUGUUGACUGUAUUUUCUCACUUGGAUUAUUUCAGUGAACAUUUGUCAACAGUUCCUUUUAAAUGCAAAUAAAUAAAUUCCAAAAAAAA